UUGUCAACCGCCCUCCCUCCCCAAGGAGGAGUGCACUUGUUCCUCGGGAGUCAUCAUCACCGGCGCUCGCCGCUACUGUCAUCGGCAAAGGUGAUUAAGUGCGACCAUUUUAAACCUCUCGUCUGCCUGGAAAGUAACACUUUAAAACCUCCUCACAGUGUUCCCAAUGGCAUCCCUGGCUUCUUCUGGGUUCCAGGCAUGACAGUCACCCCCACCAAAGACAAAGCUCAGCCCGGUUCAUCCUCGUACAAGGACACUACAACAAGCUUCAGAUCCGGUCCAGCACGGAUGGAUGAGGUGGAAGGCUUGUGGGGGAGGCUCGUCAUUGAGGAUGCCGUUUCCCUGGCUGAGCCCAUCAACCUGGAUGAUGGCCAUUACUCUUUGCUGCGAGGCGGGCUGGAGUGCGACGGUCAGAGCUUGGAGGGCGAGUCUUGGAGUGCGGCGGCCGACCCGGACUACCUGAGAACUCUGGACCGGGAGGCUGUUAAAAGACAGGAUGUCAUCUACGAGCUGAUCCAGACAGAGAUGCACCACGUGCGCACAUUGAAGAUUCUGCGGCAUGUCUACAUCCACGAGCUGCGGCAGUCCCUGUUGCUGGAUGACGACAAGGUGGGAACACUGUUCCCCGGCGUGGACGCCCUGCUUACGCUGCACCAGCACUUUCUCGACUGCCUCAAGCUCCGCCAAAGUCAGAGUCAAGAAGAGGGCAGUCCCAGCAGCUACCAGAUCACAGAGCUGGGGGACAUACUCAACUCGCAGUUUUCUGGCAGCGUGGGUGAAAAAAUGAAGGAGUGGUACAGCGUUUUCUGCAGUCAUCACACUGAAGCUGUCACCGUGUACAAGGAGCAGCUGCAGAGCAACAAGAAGCUUCAAAGCCUCAUGAAGAAAAUUGGUCAGCUGGCCCUGGUAAGAAGGUUGGGCAUCCCUGAGUGUUUUCUGCUGGUGACGCAGCGUAUCACAAAGUACCCUGUCCUGGUGGAGCGACUUAUACAGAGCACUGAAGCCGGCACCGACGAGCACGAGUCUCUGCUACAUGGCUUGGCGGCCAUCAAGGACACCAUCUGUCAGGUGAACGAGCAUGUCAGAGACUAUGAGAUGACCUCCCGACUCAGGGAGAUCUGCUUGCGCCUGGAGCCAAAGUCAGUUGGCCGGCUGAAGGACGGGCGGCUGAUCCGAAGGGAGGAUCUGAUCAAGGGAGCCCGGACGCUGCUGCACGAAGGCCUGCUCACCUGGAAGUCUUCUGGCAAACACAAAGACAUCCAUGCUGUGCUGCUAUCAGACAUGCUUGUUCUGUUACAAGACAAAGAUCAGAAGUUUUUUUUCGCUGCUGUGGAUAACAAACCACCAGUGAUUGCCCUUCAAAACCUGAUUCUGAGGGAGGUGGCCCACGCGACCAAGGCCAUGUUCCUCAUCUGCGCGUGUACCUCCACACCGCAGGAGGUGUACGAGAUGUACGAGCUGCACACCGGCUCCAGGGAGGAGCGCUUUGCCUGGAUGGCCCGCAUACGGGAUGCCAUGAACCGUUGCUCGGAGGAGGACAAACUCUACCAGGAGGUGAUGAACAGAUUGCAAGACUAUCAAGAGCGUUUGAAGGUUAGGGACGAGCACAUCAAGCAGUGCCUGUCUGAGAAGCAACACAUCUUCAGCGCCAUGUAUGAGGACAUCACCGGCAAAGAGAGCCCCUCAAGAGGGCUGUUGCUGCGAGGAGACACCACUGACAUCCAGCAGGGUGAGACACUGCUCAAAGGAGCAAUCCACGAAGUGGAAAACCUUCAAAACCUGCUCUUCCACACAGAAAAAGACCCCAGUAAACUCCCGGGUGGCGAUCAUGUGUUACAGUGGAGGUCACACAGGAGAGCUGAGCACUGGGGCCCGGCAAACAUGAAAAAUCACAUGUCCUCCGAAGGAGAUGCGGCCGAGUGGUCCGGCAGCGGCGGUGUUGAGGCCGACGAUGCUCAGCUACAGGAGACUACGUACUACUCUGAGAGCCAGGAGCAACCUGCCGACAACGACACGUGGAUGCCCGCAUUUGCUUCACCCAACAGCAGGUUCCAGGCAGAGGUGUAUGACCGUGUCAUAGGGCUAGCCCAGGGACUGUAUACAUUACAAGUCAUCGUGGCCCAGCAAGACAGUCAGAUCGAGCUCCAGCACAUUCUGCGGUGGCACGGCAGCAGACCGUCGCGGCCCUCCAGCAGCGCCUUGCUGGAACAGGAGAAGCAGCGCAACCUGGAGAAGCACAAGGAGGACCUGGCCAACCUGCACAAGCUGCAGGCGCAGCAUCGCGAGGCGCAACAACGCUGGGAGAAGGAGCGCGAGCACCAGGGCGUCUACAUGGAGGCACUGGAGGCCGAGUUAAGCCGGCGGGAGGAAGAGUGCGACCGACGUGAAGAGAAGCUGAGAGAGGAGAAGGCGCAGCAUGAGAGGCAGUGGGAGAGCUACCAGCAGGGUCUGGAGCGCCUCAGGGAGACCACUAAAGCCGUGGAGAGGGAAAAAGAAACCCUGAAUCAGGAGAAAGAACGUAUCGAGGACAAGUUGAAGAAGUACAUGGAGGCCGUAAAUGCAGGGCACGGCAACUACGAUGACCCGUACAUCAACAUGUCUAAUUACCAGUCGUUCAGGGGCAGCCUCGCCAAUGUUGGGAACGGCGGCAGCUCGCGUCCGCACAUCCUGGUGGCCAGCGCCCGCGACCCCAACAAGGAGACUCCACCUAAAGUCCCGCCGCGCAAGGAGAGCAUGAGCGUCCCUCCUGCGGCCAAGCCUGAGCUGCCCGUGCACCUGGUCAGCGCCACCAACCAGGUACACAAGGCGGCCGGCGUGGUGCAACAGAUCCCCACUAAGCUGGCCACCCUCUCCAAGGGCAAGGAGAGGGGCUUCCGCAUGAAGGCGACGCACCAGAGGGCCCACAGCGCAGCCUCCAUCGACGUGAGCCAGAUUCUGCCCAUCCGAGUGACGGGGAAGGAAGGAGGGAGUCUGAUGGCCACCUCCCAGUCAGAUGACUCCAACUCAUCAGGACACGCCUACAGCGUGAAAACGUCACAGUCCCUGCACUUCCGAAGUGGCGUGGAGGCCCCACCCCCAGCCCCGCCCCCUUUUCCCAAAGAAGUGCUGGAGAAACAGAAAGGGAAGGUGAUAUUCCUUUAAUUCACGCCACCAUAAACCGAGGAGUGGAAAGACUGCAUCACUUUGAGGUAAUAAUCAACUGUGUUUUUAUCAAAACAUUUAUUAUGCGUGAAGGGAAAAAAAAUGCGAUGAGGAGGGGAAAAAAUGAAAACUGAGGAGCCAUUUUGCACAUUGGAAAAAAUAUGACGUUCCAUGUUAUUGAUGUUCUUACAUUGCCAAAGACUUUUUUUUUUUGACAAAUGUAUUUUUUUAUUGCAAAUGAGUGAUAUUUUAUGACCUUUUUAAUUUAACGGUGUGUGGAAGCUCUUGUAGAAGAGUUCUGAACAAGCACUGCUUUUAAAACAAAAACAACAAAAACCUACUGCAAUAUUGAAAUAUUUUGCCUUAAACUAUUAGUUUACGGAGAAUAUAGGUAUUUAUGGUUUUUAUGAUAUUGAUGGUUAAUAGUUUUGUGAAAUGCAUUUUUAAAAUCCAAAACACAAUUGAAAAUAGUUAUUUUAUAUUUUACCUGAAAAACAUCAAAUGAAAAUAAAAA